AUGCCCGCCGACAGCGACGGGUCCACAGACGUCCAGGCGUUCCUGCAGUCGCUUCCUAAGGCCCUGCGGGGCCGCGUGGAGACCCUCCGCGGGAUUCAGAAGCAGUGCGAUGAUGUGCUGGAGAAUUUCACCAAGGAGAGGAAGGCAAUGGAGGCCAAGUACAGGGCAAUAUACGAGCCCCUGUAUGCUGAACGAAGGGCGAUUGUGAUGGGGGAGGGCGGCGGUGAGGAGCUUGGGGCCGUGCCUGGAUUCUGGCUGAAGGUGCUGAGGGGCGCCGAGUUCGUGUGGGACCACGUGACGAGGAGGGAUGAGCCGAUUCUGAAGUAUUUGGUGGACCUGAGCAGCGCCCCCAUUGAGGGGGAGGGCGACAAGGCGGGAUUCAAGAUCGUGUUCCAGUUUGCUCCCAAUCCCUACUUCACACCCCUGACUCUUGAGAAAAAAUAUUACCUUGGUGACGACGAGAGUGUGCUAGAACACACAGAUGGCACAAAAGUCGAGUGGACAGAUGAUGCUCACAACCCAUCCUUCAAGAUCGUCAAAAAGAAGCCCAAAAAGAGCGCCCCAGUGGGCACUCCGCCUACAACCAAAAAGGUGGAAGUCCACACAUUCUUCGAUUUUUUCACUCCUCCGGAUGUGCCUGACGUCGAGGACAUCAACGAUCUCACAGAACUGCUUGUGGAGGACGAUUUUGAGGUGGGGUGCUACCUGAAGGACAUGGUCAUUCCGAACGCAGUUUCGUGGUACACGGGAGAGAUGACGUCCGAGCGAGAUGGGGAUGCGGCAGAAGACCCAGACGGCGAUGACGAAGAUGAAGACGAUGAAGACGAAGAUGAAGAGGAGGAGUCGUGA